AUGGAAGAAACAUUAAAACUGGCAGAAUUUCGAAUCAACGUGCGACACAGAACCCAAAUCUGGAUUGAAAGCGGAAAUAAGUAUGUGUAUCUCAAGAACUGGCAUAACAUCUUAGUUGAAUUUCCCGUUGUUUUAAUUAAAGCCCAGACCGGUGAAAUCGUUGAUGAGUUUCACAAAUAUGUUCGACCUACAGAAAAUCCUAUUUUGAGUAAUUUCUGCAAGAAACUGACAGGCAUUUCUCAAGAAAGAGUCGACUGUUCAUCUGACCUGCAGCAAGUUUUAAAAGAAUUUGAGCAGUGGCUUAGGACUAAGAAAAAUGAAUUGAAUUGUACAUUUAAAGUAGAUUGCCAAAACUCCGCAGUCUUCGUGACUUGGACGGAUUGGGACAUCCGUACUUGUCUUUGGAACGAGUGUCAAAGAAAACACCUUUCUCUUCCAGUCGACCUCUUAACGAGAAUAGACUUAAAGGCUGUAUUUAAGCAAUGGCAUGCUUCAAAAAAUCCACACACUAAGGGUGAAUUUCAAGGAAGGUUGCAAGAUGCCAUUACGGCUGCUGGUUUAUCGUUUAGAGGACGACCUCAUAGCGGUAUUGAUGAUGCGCGUAACACGGCCGCUCUUUUAUAUCGAAUUAUUUCUAACGAGGUUGAAAGUACCAAAAAACUGAAUCCAAAAAAAUCAAAUUUGAAUGAUCUGGGACGUCUUUAUCAAAAGUCUCUUGAGAAUCUGUCAGAUUCACCAUUUAAGGCUUCCACAUUGGGGAAUUAUAACUUGGAGACCUUCGGUUCUGAUGCUUUCAAGUUAUUGAUGUACUUUUGUGGGGCAUGUGAGAAGGUAAACUUAAAGGAGCUCGCAUUUGAUGAAAUCGUUCCAAAACUUCACAGCGACCCCACUUUGCACAAGCGUCUCACCCUAGGCUACGCCUCCUUUCUCGCCAAGUUUCUUAACAUUUUACCAAAAAUCGAUUGUAUUUUGACUGAUUCUGAUCUUUAUCGGCUUCAAAAAUUUGUUCAGAAUCUUCUCUCUGUUUCUGGACAAAUACCUGAUCUCUUUAGUCAUACUGAUCUAAUCACUUGGAAUAUUGACCGUGGUCUUUUUGUUAAAGAGUACGCUCUUAAUUUUCUGGGAAAUUCAAGCUUCGAUGACGCUUUGUGUUCUUCAAAGGUUUUAGUUCGCUUGAAUCGUCAAAUUUCUUUACUUACCGAGGACUCAGAUGUUACCAUGGCUGUGAUACAUAAACUCAAUUACCUUAGGAAUAAAAUGUUGCCUGUUAAUAGUCAUGAAGACUUGCUCAAAGAACUGAUGUCAGUCCUUUCACCGGCUUUAAAAACGGAGAUUUUUGAUCGGUUACAUAAUAAUAAAUCUAAGAGGCGAGUUACUCCUCUCCCUUCGGAGGAAAAUAAGUAUCGAAGUUAUCUGCGCAACUUUUUUAAUCGUUUAUCAGUGGGUCCAGCACUUUCUGACACUCAACCCACCUCAAAAAUGUCUAAAUUGUGGCGUGAUAACUCAUCUUCUAACACAAUCUCAAAAGAGAUCCUAUUGAGUGCAGAUAUGCUAUUGCUAACUCAACCACUGAAAUUCUUGUCGGAGUUAGUUCGAUUUCCAGUUAUUCAAAACUCCAUGGCUCUUCUACCUGUCAUUUAUAAAAUUCUCAAUAAUGUUAGCUACGCUUUCACCAUUUGUAUCGACGGUAACCAGGCUUCCAUUUUGCACAAUUUGUUGGUCUCCCUGCUGGAGAUUUAUGAUGCAGAGACUUCUGAAACACGGGAAGGUGAUGGUGGCUUAGUAUGGCGUGGUGUUAAUCGGCAGCGUAUGGAGCUGAUGCGCUAUUUACCUCGAAGUGGUGACUUAGAUCCAGAGCAGAUUUCUCUGGCCAAUCAAGCUGCUAAAUUCUCCGUUUCUUCCAUGUCGGGAGCAGUGGGUUUUGAUUUGACAGAUGAUAGUGAUGACACUAGUAAGAGUGGUGAAGGAAGCGAUGAUUCAAUGGGAAAAUCAACUGCUCGAAAACUUUGGGUCUAUGCAAUUACCUGUUUGCUUGAUCAACCGUCUACUUGGCCUUAUCUCUCUGAACUCGUCAGCGACGAAUCCGCAGUACUUUCAUCACGAAAAAGGGCGGAACUGUUUGCGCAAUGCCUUGCUCUCAUACUUCUUCCCAGACCUCCUGCCAACAUUCCACUGGAUCUUAUUGCUCCACCAUGUCUUCGACUUCUCGAAAGCCUCCGAUCUCCUCUAGCAGUUCGCCUCUGUGCUGCUUUGCUUCCUACUACUUCUGGCGUGAAAGAAGCACUGCGGAAUGUCUUCACAGAUCCUGAAGAUCAAGGACGCCGUCUCUUUCUACUAUCUAUCGAUUGUCUACCUGCAAAUCUUGUCGGGAACAUGACUAUUUCUCUACCCCGAUGUCUCACACAGUCUAACUUGGUGGAUGUUAGUAUUCUCAACGAAAGCCCCAAGAAUAUUUACAAAUUCCGCUUCGAGUCUCAGACCUCCACAUCACCGCUCGCCUUCACUGCACCUAUCUCUGCUAGCGACUUCGAGGAGGUUCUUCAAUUGGUGUCCCUCUGCGAUAGUGUCUGGAGCCUCGUUGUCAAUCACAUCCUCACGGUGGCCACCCAGAGUCCGGAAGUUUGUGCGGUUUGGACUGCUCUCACUGCGCCCACUCUCAUUCUUGCCCUUCACACGUUCCUCCAUCGAAUUUCACUCUUGGAUCAGGUGGAUUCGACAGAGUGUUGGUCUCGAGCUAUGGGCUUUGUGGAUCAAUUGGUUUCGCGAGGCUUGAUCGCUCUGCCAUUCCGGUUUCGAUCUACUAAUAGUUCUACAGUCCCAACAACAUCCCAAAGCGUGUAUCUUGGACCAUACCGUGGAACUCUGGAUCUCUUUGAUUUCACUUUCUCCCUCCUACGGCUGGUUAAUGCCUCAACACUCAAUUCUCCGAAUUCCCACAUCGUAAUUGCGCGGUUAUGUCAGACCCUAGCUGUACUUGGUCAACGUCUUGUUACGCGUCUGCGGUGUGACUUACACGAAUCGGAGGCUCGAAACCCGAAGCUAAGUGCCUUAUCUCAGCAGAGUAUUCUUGUGAUUGCGGAAAUAAGGACCUACGCCGAGGAUCGAGAUGAGUCGUCGCCAACAAGUUCUCCACUCAAAACGCUGGUUGCAUCAUUGGAUAUUGUCGAGAGUUCACUUUCUUGUCAAGGCGAGGAUUUAGAAGACGCCAAAAGUGCUCGGGAAGAGGAAGGAGGAGGAGGAGGUAGAGGAGGCGAAGUUCCUGGAAAUUGA